AUGGUUUCGUUUUCUCUAAUGUGUGUCUUGGGAUUAAUAUUCAUUGUGGGGAAUUACGUUGCACAUGCACAAAACUCACAGACCGACUUCGUGAAUGCUCACAACGCAGCAAGAUCCCAGGUUGGUGUUUCAAAUAUUGUUUGGGACAACAAUGUCGCUGCUUAUGCUCAAAACUAUGCUAAUCAACGUAAGGAUUGUCAACUGGUCCACUCGGGUGGGCGUUAUGGGGAGAAUAUCGCAAAGAGUUUCGGCGGAGACUUGAGUGGCACAGAUGCAGUGAAAUUAUGGGUGAGUGAGAAACCAAACUAUGAUUAUAAUAGUAACACAUGUGUUGGCGGUGAAUGUCGCCAUUAUACUCAGGUGGUUUGGAGAAACUCGAUACGUCUUGGAUGUGGCAAAGUGAAAUGUGACAAUGGAGGAACAUUUGUAACUUGCAGCUAUGAUCCACCUGGUAAUUAUGCUAACCAAAGGCCAUACUAA